AAGGUUCUUUACUUUCAUGGUCCUCAUCGAGGGUACCAAUGGCCGCGACGUCGGCCACACCACCAAUAAGAAAAUCAGUGGUGGAGCCUUCCAGACCAUGGGGCUGUCGGACCCGCUAUUCAAGGCUAUCCAAAAGAUGGGAUACAAUCAGCCGACGCCAAUACAAAGGAAGGCAAUACCUGUCAUACUAGGAGGCAGCGAUGUGGUGGCGAUGGCAAGGACUGGGAGCGGGAAGACUGCAGCUUUUGUUAUACCAAUGAUACAAACUCUAAAGGGCCAUAGCGAGGUAGUGGGAGCGAGAGCUGUGAUCUUAUCACCGACACGCGAGCUGGCCAUGCAGACCAUCAAAGUCACAAGAAUGCUUGGGAAGUUCACUGACCUCCGUCUAUGCCUUAUCGUCGGUGGUCACAGCAUGGAGUCACAAUUCGACAGACUUUCGAGUAAUCCUGAUGUGCUUAUCUGCACUCCUGGACGCUUGGUCCAUCACAUGGUGGAAGCGGACUUAUCCCUGCAGCGUGUGCAGUACAUUGUCUUCGAUGAGGCUGAUAGGCUCUUCGAAAUGGGAUUCUCUGAUGACAUGCAGACUAUCCUCAAAGCCACACCUCCUUCCCGGCAGUGUCUUCUCUUCUCGGCUACACUGCCUAGCCAGCUCACACAGUUUAGUAGGGCAGGUCUGCGAUCAGACUCCACUGAGUUCAUCCGUCUCGACGUGGAGCAUACAAUAUCCGACACAUUAGAUCUGUGGUUCCUCUAUACAACAGCGGACUCGAAACCGGCAGCGCUGAUAUCGUUAUUACGCAAGCUUCAGUCGAUGGGGAACGCGAAUGCAGACAGCUCGACGGCCGUUGUAGCAGCUGGCAAAGGCGGAAAGAAGGCCCGGUCUCCGAAGACUAUAGUGUUCGUCGCGACCCGUCACAAUGUAGAGUUCUUCGCAUCAUUGCUCACACAAGUUGGCAUCACCAACGCUCCUAUCUACGGGUCCAUGGACCAGACUCAGAGGACUUCCAGCCUCUCCAAGUUCCGCUCGGGAAAGGCAUCGGUGUUGUUGGUGACUGAUGUGGCCGCUAGAGGCAUCGAUAUCCCCCAGUUGGACUACGUUAUCAACUACGACUUCCCAUCAAGCUCCAAGCUCUUUGUGCACAGAUGCGGAAGAACUGCCCGAGCUGGUGCCAAGGGCUUGUGCGCCUCCCUGGUCACUCACGAUGACAUGCCCUAUGCUGUUGAGCUUAUGCUCUUCCUAGGUAUGCCUUCCCAGUUCCUGGGUCGGAAGCUCGGUCUGCAGCCUCUAGGUAGCGAUCAUCCAUUCCCUGCUGAAGGGGAGGUGGGAGGUGAUGGAGUUGAUGAAAAGAGGCUCUGUGUCAUUGGUGGCAUCCCCAGUGUACAGGAGGAGGUCGAGACAGUUCGCAGACUCGUAUCAGGAGAUGCUGAACUGGCUUCUUUGCAGAGGUCGAUGAUGAGUGCUUAUCACUUGUACUAUAAGACCCGUCCAGCAGCAUCGAACCAGAGUGUAAGGCGGGCGAAGCUGAUACUCAGAGCUGAGGCGGGAGGACCUCAGAGGCUCUUGGAUACGCCACACCCAGCUUUCAGAACAGCGGCUGACCUUGGUUCCCAGAGUGUUGAGGAUGUUAAGGAGAAGCUCGACAUGAUAGCGCAGCUUCGUAGGUUAAUGUUCGUCUCUGGCUGGUCGUUCCGUCCUUCCCAGCAGCCCAAGAUGGCUGGGAGUACGACUGUUAUCAAACCGGAAACGAUGGCUGAGAUAUCCCAGCAUGUGGUAGCACCGAGACAAUUGCGGCAUGAUCUCAAGAAGAUGUCGCGAGCAAAGCAACAGGUGGAGCAUCAUAAAGAAGGAGAGAGUGACGAUAGUGAAACGGAGGAACUCGAGAACGUUGAAGUUGCGCAAGCUGGUGAGAAGAGGGCAUUGCCUCUCCCGCAACAGGCUGAUAGACAGACUCACAGGCUCAGUAAGAGAGCUAGGAAGAAGCUUGAGAAGGGCGGUGGUCUGCCGCAGCCCGGGGAAGAGGUCGAUGGGAGGGAAAAAUCCUCUUAUCACUUUGAGGAGGGUGUGAGUGUAUUCAACCAGACGACGUGUCGAUCUAAUGAGUUCUAUCUUGGCUCCGUUGAUGCCGACCCAGAAUCUAUUGAGGCGAAGGAGAGGGAGAAGCAGUUGGAUAUUGAGAAGGCCCAGCUGGACUUGGUACCUGAUGAUCGAGAGUCAAUGACUAAGGCGAAGAGCGUUAUGCGAUGGGACGCAAAAAAGAAGAAGUAUCUUCCAGUGAUGGUCGCUGGUGAUGGUGGAGCUCCGAUUGCAUCUAGGAAGCGACGUAAUGAGGCUGGCAAGUUGGUGAGCGGCGAGAUGGAGAAGAGCGACAUAUACUCUAAAUGGUUGAAGUCGAGUCACAAGAGGAUACAAAAGGUUGGAGAGCUUGAGGAUAAGCAGAACACAGCAUUCACGGCGCCGAAGAAGGCGAUCACCAUUGAGAGUGACCACGAGGAUGGUGGAGAGGAUCGGGCAGGUUCAGCUGGGGGAGCGAGGAUGGUGAAGGAGUUCCACGGCGAAGUCCAGAAAGAGUUUCUCACGAAUAAGCAGAAACGGCAUCUCGCAAAGCAAGAUAGAGUGAUGAAUCGGGUUGGAGUGACGUCGAGAGGCGACAACGCUAAGGAUGAGCUCCUGCGUGCCAGCCAGAUCGCUAAGAAUCGGAAGAAGAAGACCAUGACGAAGAUCAUGCAGGACCCCAAGAGGAGAAAGGCUUUCGCAGCUAAGAGCAAGGCUGCCUUCCGAGCGAAACAGGCUGAGAAAUUCGCCCAGCGUGGUGCACCGAGGAGAUCCUUCGCCGUUGGUGGCAACAGUGGAGGGAAAGGGCGGGGACGUCGAUGAUCAUGAUGAUAACGGGCGAUCGUGC